UCAACAAGGCUAUCGCUUGGGUAUUAUACUGCUGCGGAACGAUGUAGACGUUUUUCCAAUUAAAUACGAUUGUUUGCGCGAGGAGGACGCGUUGUUUGAAACUCGCAGCUUCCGACUGGUGGGUCCAUUCCUUCGCAGCUGAUCCUAUACGCGAGUGUGUUCUCUGUUCAGCAAAGUAGAUACCAGCAACAUCAUGUCUGAUAAAGUUCGUGUUUGCAUCGUCGGUUCCGGAAACUGGGGAUCGGCCAUUGCCAAGAUUGUGGGCGUAAAUGCCAAGCGGUUGUCCACGUUCGAGGACCGUGUCACGAUGUACGUGUACGAGGAAAUGAUCGACGGCAAGAAACUAACGGAAAUUAUCAACACGACGCACGAGAACGUCAAGUAUCUGCCUGGACACAAGCUACCUGAAAACAUCGUUGCUGUUCCCGAUGUCGUGGAAGCAGCAAAAGAUGCCGACAUACUCAUCUUCGUCGUGCCGCAUCAGUUCAUUCGUGGACUGGGUACGCAGCUGCUGGGCAAAAUUAAACCGACAGCCGUCGGUCUGUCACUGAUCAAGGGCUUCGACGUAGCCGAAGGUGGUGGCAUGGAGCUGAUCUCGCACCUGAUCACGAAGCAUCUGAAGAUACCGUGUUCAGUACUGAUGGGCGCUAAUUUGGCCGGGGAGGUAGCAGAAGAGAAGUUCUGUGAGACUACCAUUGGCUGCCGCGAUAUGAAAAUUGCCCAGACACUACGCGAUCUGUUCCAGUCGCCCAACUUCCGUGUGGUCGUGGUGGACGAUGUCGAUGCGGUGGAAAUUUGCGGUGCGCUUAAGAAUAUCGUAGCUUGCGGCGCUGGAUUCGUCGACGGUAUGGGCCUGGGUGAUAAUACGAAGGCCGCCGUUAUUCGGUUAGGUUUGAUGGAGAUGAUUAAGUUCGUCGAUGUGUUCUACCCCGGUAGCAAACUGUCAACGUUCUUCGAAAGCUGUGGUGUUGCUGAUCUAAUAACUACGUGUUAUGGUGGCCGUAAUCGCAAAGUGUCGGAAGCGUUCGUGAAAACAGGAAAAACGAUCAAGCAGCUGGAGGAUGAGAUGCUCAAUGGACAGAAGCUGCAGGGUCCGAUCACUGCCGAAGAGGUGAACUUUAUGCUGAAGAGUAAAGGGAUGGAGGAUAAAUUCCCGUUGUUUACCGCUAUUCAUAAAAUCUGCACUGGUCAGGUUAAGCCGCAAGGAUUCUUGGAUUGUCUGCGCAAUCACCCCGAGCACAUGACACCAUGGGCAAAGCUCUAGAGAAAUGCACUUGUUGCUCACACAAUGCUACUUUUCUCUAUUAAUAAUGAAAAUAACACACCAAAUAGCAUUUGAUCGCAAUUUUUGAGUGUAGCUACACACAACCCUAUGCUAUAGCAUGCUCAUCAGUGUGCGAUGCGAUCGCACAUAGCGAAAGAUGGCACGAUUUUCAAUACCUUUCAAAAUACGGAUCAGGUGGUUGUGAAAUUUGCAUUUAUUUUGACUUGAAAGCAAUCGAAGCCGCUACUACCAUAAACCAAGCUUAGCUUACACAUUCCGUUUAAAAUGGUUUACUUUUUUAUCUAAUGACUAAUUGUAUAUUUUUUUGUAAUGGGGGGUUUUUUUUAAUUGAAGAACAUUAACAAUAUAUUGUUAAGGGUUAGUGUUAUGCAUUUUAAUCGGUAAUAUUAAUUGGUCUCAUGAGCAAAUCGAUUACAAUAAUAGUUUUUUAGCGGGAUUUGAUUAUGAUUUCUAAUGUUUUAGCUAGGUACCAAGGUGUGCGUGUUAUCAAAACAAUCCAAUAUAUAUUCAUCGUCAUCGCAAUUGGUUUUAGUAUGAAAGGAAAAACAAUCCUACAAGAUAUGUGAUACGCAAGCUGAUAUGAAAGUGAAUAAACAUCAACAUAUAUCGGGAUUCAAUUGGUAUUCAAUUGUUGAGAAACACAAAAACAGAUAACGGAACAAAUUGAUUCAAAAACAAAACCCUUUUUAUCCCUAUUGUAUGAUUGUGUACUCCUUGCUGUCCCCCCCUGAUUUACGUCUUUCGAUUGGUUAAUGUUCAUUAUAUAUGUACCAUUGGAUUAAUAAGUCACUUUUGUUAACUUUUCGUUCGGUUUGUAUCCAUCCUCAUUCGUUCAUCAUACUGCACCAAUUAAAACCCUUUCUCGUACACAACCGUUAUGUUACUCCUACGUGUAUGCCUUCCCAUUGGCGAAACUUGCACCUUUAUGUUAAGCUACAACCUGCUAGUUAAGUAACGUGAACUAAUUUUUUUUUCCUUUGGACGUGUGUUGUGUUCGUUGGACGUAUGAUCAAGGCAAACGUUUUCUUAAGUCGAACGUAUCGAGUGGAUGAGUUUCGUGCGGUGGAGGACAUCGAAUCCUGAAGCAAGUAUGCUAGGAGCUGAUUUUCUUUGAAAUGAUCCGGAAUUUGGACAUGUAGCAAAACAAAAGAAACAAUGGAAUUUAAGUAUCAUUGCCUCGAUAUUUCCCCACAGUCCCGCCCAAUAGUAUCUUUACACGUGGAAAUGAUACCAAGUCAUAGGCCAAGCGAAUUUUAGAACAUUCUAUUUGAUCAAUGUUGCUAUAGAGUGAAUGAAGUAUUGUACAUAGCACGUAAUAAAUGCGAAAAAAUUAAACAUCGGUAA